AAAAAAAAAAAGAAUAAGAAGACGCCCAUAAACAUAAAUUCUCACUCACCUUCUCCGGUUUCCAUUUUCUUGGGAAAGCUAAACUCAGUUCUCUCUUCCUCUAUUUCUCUUAAACCGACCAGAAACCCUUUUGUUACUAGUAAUUACUAAAGGUUGAGCCUUUGGUUGUUUAUUUUAGUUUUCGUUUCUUUUGAGAAGUAAUUUAUGGAGGGAGGACUACAUGUAGAGGCAGAUUCAUCAGCUUUCAGAGACUGUUUCUCUUUGGCAUGGAAGAACCCAUAUGUUCUUCGUCUGGCCUUCUCUGCUGGAAUUGGUGGCCUCCUCUUUGGCUAUGACACAGGAGUUAUAUCAGGAGCUCUUCUUUACAUCAGGGAUGACUUCAAGUCUGUGGACAGAGAGACUGUCUUACAGUCUUUGAUAACAGAUCGUUUGAGCAAAAUCAAGACAUGCAUGGGUUUUCCAAGAAUUAUCUAGAACAUCGGAAGAAGAAGUGCAAUCCUUAUAGCAGAUUUCCUAUUCUUCAUUGGUGCUGUGAUCAUGGCCUCAGCUCCUAACCCACCUCUUCUCAUUGUUGGCCGUGUUUUUGUUGGACUUGGUGUUGGAAUGGCAUCAAUGACAGCUCCCUUGUACAUCUCGGAAGCGUCUCCUGCCAAAAUCCGAGGUGCCCUUGUUAGUACCAAUGGGUUUCUCAUUACUGGUGGGCAGUUCCUGUCUUACCUCAUCAAUUUGUGUUUCACCAAGGCCCCGGGGACUUGGCGGUGGAUGCUUGGUGUUGCAGGAAUUCCAGCUCUUCUGCAGUUCAUCCUAAUGCUGCUUCUUCCAGAAUAUCCACGUUGGCUAUUCCGAAAGGGGAGGGAAGAAGAAGCAAAAACCAUACUGAGGAAAUUAUACUCAGCUGAUGAGGUUGAAAUAGAAAUCCAAGCAUUGAAGGAGUCAUUAGAAACUGAGCUUCAUCAAGUAGGGUCUUCCCAGAAAAUUAGCAUUGUUGAACUUUUGAGAACGAAAACGGUGCGAAGAGGACUAAUGGCUGGUGCUGGCCUUCAAUUCUUCCAGCAGUUUGUGGGAAUAAAUACGGUGAUGUAUUACAGUCCCACCAUAGUUCAGUUGGCAGGCUUUGCAUCAAAUCAAACGGCGCUGCUUCUCUCACUUGUAACUGCUAGUCUCAAUGCAUCCGGCUCCAUUGUGAGCAUAUACUUCAUUGACAGAACUGGGAGGAAGAAGCUUCUAAUCAUCAGUUUGCUUGGAGUUAUUAUUGCACUUGGUCUUUUAUCAACAGUUUUCCAUGAGACUACUUCUCAUUCGCCUCUCAUAAGCCCAAUUGAAACAUCUCAUUUCACAAGCUACACCUGUCCAGAUUAUAGUUCAGCCGGAAACUCUGCAGCUUGGGACUGCAUGAAGUGUUUGAAGUCUUCAUCUCCGGACUGUGGGUUCUGUGCUUCGAAGGCUGAUAAGCUACUUCCGGGAGCUUGUUUGAUCUCAAAUGAUACAACAAAGGACAGUUGCCAUGGAGAAGACAGGUUGUGGUAUACAAGGAUCGGAUGUCCAAGCAAGUAUGGUUGGCUUGCACUAAUUGGCCUGGCCCUCUACAUCACAUUCUUUUCUCCGGGAAUGGGCGCUGUGCCAUGGAUUGUCAACUCAGAGAUCUAUCCUUUAAGGUAUUGCGGCGUGUGUGGAGGAAUAGCAGCUACAGCCAACUGGAUUUCAAACCUCAUUGUUGCACAGUCCUUCCUAUCUCUGACUCAGGCAAUUGGAACUUCUUGGACAUUCCUGAUAUUCGGGAUCAUUUCCUUUGCAGCCUUGAUUUUUGUCCUCAUUUUCGUCCCAGAAACCAAGGGGCUUCCAAUUGAAGAGGUUGAGAAGAUGCUGGAGCUGAGGGCUCUGCACUUCAAGUUCUGGGAAAAAAGGCCCAAGACUCUAGAAAAGAGCCAAGCUGUGUGAAAAAUUGUUUGAAGUUUAUGGCCGGUAUUUAACUAUUUAUAUAUUAGAAUGGGAAUCACUGAAAUUGGGUGAUGGAAUCUCAAAGAGAACAAUGUAAUUAUAACUCGCAAGGUGUAAUACCCCGAAAAAUCCAAAUUAAAUUCUG